UCACUAAUUUUAACCUUGGGUUAAUAUAUACAGUAACUAUACAUCACGUUAUACAUUCCCGUAUAUAAUUACAGAAAAAGAGUAAAGAUGUUCGGCGGUCUGAUAGACAAACUCGACUCCGACAAAUGGCAAGAAGUAGAUGUUGGAUCUAAAGUGGACUCGGAAUGGACUGAGUACCGUGUUAAUAUUCACCAUAAACCAGUAAAUGACACAGAAUUCGUCUAUAUGAUUGCCGUCGAUGAGGGAGAGGCUAAAACAGUUAGCAUUAAAGACUGCCAGAAAAAGACAGAUCCUUUGAAAGAAAUCGGUACAAUAGAAAUAAAAUUAAAUGAAAAACUUGAAAUUGUUGGCCUGGAUUUAAAUGGAGACGUUGUUGUGAGAAAGUGAGCCAUACUGUUUCGUGUGUUCCUGUAUUUGAGAAAAUAUUUCUACUUGAGUUCACAUCUUGCAAUUAACCUUGUUAAAUAUAUUGCUUUACUGUUUUAUUACUGGGUGACAUAUUCAAGGUUUUAUUUGUCCCUCCUUUUGUAAGAUGAACGUAUAUUAUAUAACUACAGUUUAAACGCCAGCUACACUAAUAUACUCGUGCGCCCGUGUCGAAAAAAUAUAUUCCUUCUUUUUUCAUAUAAUCAUUAAUUUUCAUGUAAUAUAAUGUUUUUCCUUUAGUGUUAAGUAUCCCUUUAAGUAACCAAACUAAACACACCAAUACAUGACAUUUAUAUUAAAAUGAGUUUUUCAUCCGCUUGAAGCAUGAUUAAAUUACUUUUCAUUGUGACAUAUUUACUUCUGAUCUUCUGUUAUUAUGUUAUUUUCAAAAUGUUAAGACUGUCUCAUUUUAUCACAAACAUCUGCACUAUUGCUCAAUUUAAAAGAAGUAUAGUAUAUCAGAAUAAUGUAUCAAUCAUUUAUAAAACAAUUCCUUAUCAAAAACAAGAGACUUGUGUAUUUCAGUAAACAAAUGGUAUUAUUAUGAAGACAUUUUGCAUGUAUUUUAAAAUGAUUUCUUUACUGAAUAACAUUAGCAGAAAUUAUACAAAUUAAAGUGAGGGUGCAAUGUUUAUGUCGAGAGUCACAUGAAUAUAAUUGAUGUUAUGCUAUUGUGUACAAGUGUAAUAUUCUGUUGAAUGCUUGCUUAUUUUAAUCUGCUUUAUAUCUAUCAUAUAUAUAUAUAACAUGUUUUCAAAAUGUUUGAUUUAAUCACAAUAUAACACAUUCAUAUUUCUUAUAA